AUACAUGUUGAUGAGAAGCAGGGGGUUGUUGGUGUAGAGGAUGUUGAUGAGAAGCAGUAAAUCUAGAUGUAGAUCGGUUUUCUUCGUCAUUGUCGUUAAAAAGUCGUUGUAGCGGUAGUUGGUUUUGUUGUAGUUGGAAACCUUCAUUUUCUAGGUAGAGCAGUUCUUGUUGUGAGUCUUGUCUCGAUGAGGGGAGGAGCGAAAAAGCUCAUGGUCGUCAUCGAUUUUCGCAGAGGUCGCAUCUUUAUCGUCCUAAGAAGGCGGAAAGGAGUACCGUGUUCGUAGUCGUGCUCGCUUCUAGAACCAUCGAUCCUGCUUUUGAAGCCUGAGAGAACCAUGACCAUUCUGCGUCGCACGGAGGUGCAGGAGGGCCUCAAGAGGUGUCGUUCGAGUGGCGUCGACGACGAAGAACUAGAGCACAAGUUCGUCUUACAAGGAUGAUGCUGCAACAACUACUUUUACAACCAACAUCACGAUCACCAUAUUGAGUCGCCAAAUUGUAACCACCAUCACCCCCACCUCCUAACCAUCAUCACCAUCUUCUACCCACCAUAGAUAGUCAUUUUUGUACCGUAGUAUCAGUCUACAAUCGUGUCUGUUGUCACAGAAGUUUUGGCCACUUCAUCUUCUAGAACUACUUCAAAGAGUCCAAGAAAUUCCAACAAGAUGCUUGCCUUCUUUUCCUUCGAUCUGCUGGUGUCAUUGCUGUUAUCAGUACCACCAGUGUUGGGAAUAUUCUGGGCGAUUGUCCAAACCAAGUGGGUGAAUGAUGUGGAACUGAAAGAACCAGCUGAGGAGCUCAAGCAGAUCACUGCAGGUGAUCCAACAAUUCCUGGUGGUAUUUAAGGGGUGGUAACAACUAAAUCUAAUGGGGCGGAGGGGUGGCAGCUAAAUCUAAUGUGGGAGGAGCAGCACCAAGUGCUAGUAUUCAUAGAUACUACGCUUUAUAAUGUGAUAGAAAUUGAAAUAGCUUCUAGUUCUAAGAUUGAGGGAAGGGUAGCUCUAGAGACCAAAUUAAAGCUACAAAAACAGCUCUCCUCAACACCAAGACACGUCUCCUCAUCAUAAUUCCUACAAGUGUCUCCUCAUCAUAAUUCCUACAAGUGUCUCCUCAUCAUAAUUCCUACAGGUUUUUUACUCUCUACUCCUACAACAGGUCUCCUGAAAAACAGCCAGACCUGCGCCAAGAUGUCCGAGAUCGCUGGCGCUAUUGCUAAAGGAGCUGACGCGUUUUUGCGGAUUCAGUAUGCCUGGAUCAUGGCGUUUUGUCUCGCCUUUUCGAUUGUCAUUUACGAGUUCUUCUCGCACAUGCUUGGAAAACCAGCCUUGGGCGCGGCUACAGUGAUGGCAUUCAUGUUGGGAGCGUUAACCUCGAUUCUCAGCGGUUACAUUGGCAUGAAGGCUGCGGUCAUGUGCAACCUGAAGACAGCGCAUCAAUUUAUGGCAUACUUAACAAUAUUAUAGCUCUUGUUCACGAAUCGCUACUUUUUAGCCUUAGAAGCGAGUAACAAUAUUAUUCGAAAACUCAAAAGAACCGAGUUACUGACUCCUGAAAUAAGGGAGGUAGCUUAACACGAAGGCUACUCUUCCUUCUCAUCAGUAUCUCGGUCAUUCUGAUCAGUUACUUGCUUAUUUCAGUUUUUCGAAUAGCUCUUUUCACGUUAGCCUUAGAAGCAAGUAUGUAACAAUAUCAAUAUUAGCUAGUAAAACUACCCUAAACGAACAACCCUGUCUACGAGUGAGAUUCUUACUUCCAAGAAAUUUGAAAUUGUUAUAACCUACUGUUGGUCUACUAUUCCCUCUGUGGUCUGCUGUUGGUUUGAUGCAGUUUUCCUCUUCGCUAACCAAAGCUGGGCAGAGGGUAUUGAGGCGGGCUACGCUGUUGCGGUGCGAGGUGGGUCUAUUCUCGGAUUUGCCCUAGUCUCACUUGGAAUCGGAGUCAUGCUCAUCGUCAUCAAAAUUUUCGAACUAUGGAAAAUUGGAGAUGGUAAUUGUUAAUGAGAUUCUUGGUUUUUCAGAUGGGGAGCAACAGCAAAUUCGCAGACCAUAGAUGAAGUACGUAGAGCCUAAUCAAUGUCACUUUCUUGAAGAAAGUUUUUUCAUCAUGAUUAGGUUGGCAUCACGGCAAUAGUUGCAGAUUCUUUUCUUGUUAAACUUUCCAACGUCAACAUGACAUGACAUGACAAGGGCAUCAUCUCCCACCAGGUAGCAUCCUGACCCUAUACGAGGCUCUGGCCGGUUUUGGGCUUGGUGGUUCAGCAGUAGCGCUAUUUGGCCGUGUCGGGGGAGGCAUUUACACCAAAGCAGCUGAUGUUGGAGCAGAUCUUUCCGGUACAAAUAUGACUAAGACUGUAGUACGAAAAAAUCAAAAACUCCUCGUUUUCAAGUUCAUUCAGAAUGAUAGGUCUGCACCACAUAGCAACAAGUGCGAGUAUACCAGAAACAAGACGAGCAGUAUUAAGAAAAAGAAUUGCAUGUUUGUUCCAAUCUUCAUGAUCCAAAUCUACCCACGAAUAAAGCUACCUAAUCUCAAUAUUAAACACUUCCAGGAAAGAACGAAUGGGGUAUGGACGAAGAUGAUCCGCGUAACCCAGCUUGUAUUGCCGACAACGUCGGCGACAACGUAGGUGAUAUCGCUGGUAUGGGUGCCGAUCUUUUUGGCAGUUUUGCAGAGUCUACAUGCGCUGCCAUGAUUAUCGCAGCAAAGAGCUAUGAUGUUGCGUGGACACCAACCUCUGGAACCCUUCCUGGUCUGGCGAACACGUAUGCGGGACUCAAUUGUACUCAUCUAUUCUUCUACAACGCGUCAAGUGUACAAUACAGUUGUAUUCGGGACUUUUUAACGUAAGUACUUAACUUUAAGGCUCAACUUUCAUUGGUCACUGAUGUUGGUCGCUGAGAUCGAAGAGGCGAACCCUUUAGAGAAGAGGGGAAAAGGAAGUGGAGAGGUGUGGGGCCCUUCCCGUUCAGAGUCAGUGACCAGUGACUGCUGACCUUUAAUAACUGUACAAUGGUAUUGUGAUGUUGAAGGUCUCCAUGCUGAAUUUGAUAAAACCAGUCAGUCCGACCGUUGUACUGAUCACAUUUUGCUGUGGCUUCCAUUUCUUUGGAGUUAGACCGAAAUUGAAAUAGUGAGAGUUGAUGGACACGAUUUACCCUCAACAUUCUCUCAAACAUCACUCUCUCAGUUCCGAUCUUGAUCUCCUCUCUCGGUGUCAUCGUGGGUCUGCUGACUAUGGCGAUCAUCCUGUACGUUCCUGCUUUCGCAGUGAGGCAAACUACCCAAAUCGAAGGAGCUUUGAAGGCUGUCCUCGUCAUCUCUACAGUACUGGAGACGGUGGUUGUCGUCGGAGUUAUGAUGGAAAUGUUCUAUCUUGACCUUUCUUGGGAGUUCCUCGUUCAGUAGUGCUCAUAAUCGAAUCCGUGUAUAAUUUACUUGUAGUCUCUUCUUCUAGAAGUUGUAUCGAAGUCUAUCGAUUUCCUGAUCGACUGAGCACUCCUUUUUCGUAGUUAUUUCUAGUUGUAGUACUAUUGAGCUGCAGCUCUCACUUACCUGCAAUGUCGCAACUUGCUUAAUACUCGUCUAUUUAUGAAACCAAAAUCUGUUAUCAUUAUCGUACUUUUCUACUUAAGAAACUUGAUAAUGAUAACAGAUUUUCGUUUCAUACUAUUUUGUACAUUCAUUGCUUACUCGUCUAUUUUGUACAUACUACAACAUAAAAAGCAUCUUCUAAUCUCACCGCUUACCUCUUUGUGCCUGGACAUUUCCGACUAGCCAUGGACGAUGGCACACUGGUGAACCGCUCUACUCUUGACCUCAUUGUUCCUGUCUUGCUUGGUUUGUGGGGUGGACUCGCUAUUGGUCUCGUCACAGAAUACUACACCAGCCAUAGCUACAGACCUGUGCGGGAAAGUAAUUUUUAUCGAAGGAGUGCUUACUGUUUGGUGCUGCUUUUAUGUUAAAUAUUGUUCAUUCGAUGAGACUUUCAAUUAUUUGCUUCUUCAUCGAUGAACUUCUUCGUUAUACAACCUUACAAAUGCAUCACUAAUCAGCACUCGUCACACUUCUUCCUAACUCCGAUACCUUAGCUCCGAUACAACCUUAGCACAACAACCUCUAGUUCUUAUGGUGGCAACGUCAAGUAGUAUUCUAUGAUUACUUAUGAUACAACCUCUACAACCUCUAGCUCCACUCCUAUGAUUACCUCUAGAUCCUAUGAUUACCUCUACAACCUCUAGCUCCACUCCACACCAGUCUCCGAAACUCAACGCACGUCCGCUGCCACGGGUAUCAUCUAUGGCCUAGCUCUCGGAUACCUGUCCUGCAUCGUCCCGAUCAUCGUGUUGGUUAUCACGGUCCUCAUCUCGCAUAACCAUGCUGGCAUGUAUGGGGUCGCUUUGGCUGCUUUAGUUACGGCGAUGACAUGGAUGACUACAUGAACAUAUAACGGCUACAACAAGAUGACAUGGAUGACUACAUGACUCAUCAUGAUCCAUCUUGGACUUGGUCCUCCUCCCGUUUUUCUUACUGAUGCUAGUGCUAGACAUAUGAUUGUCCAUAGAUGUAUAAGAGUUCUUGGUGUUAGUGUGACUUGGUCCUCCUCUCGUUUUUCUUAAAGAAAGGAAGAGGAGUCGGAACAAAGUGGAUUUUUCUUAAUGCUAAUUUGGGCAUGUUGUCAACCUUGACGCUUGGGCUCACCAUCGAUGCGUAUGGACCGAUUAGCGACAACGCUGGAGGCAUAGCAGAAAUGAGCGGUCUCGGUAGCAGCACAAGGGAAUUGACUUUAUGACACUUUUGAGUGACGACCAACCUGUUAGAAGCAAGUUCCAUAUGUUAUUUCACUACGGCGCUAGUGGUGUUGGUGAUCGAAAUCGUCUUAAUUAUGUUGAGAGCAGAUGAUCCUCAUGAACUAUCGUUGGUUUUAGUUGAAUCUACUUCAGAAGCUACCGUGUAAAACUAAAAGGCCCCCCUCUGCUCCACCUUCUCCGCCUUCUAAUCGGAGACGCUCUCGAUGCAGCCGGCAACACUACAGCGGCUAUCGGAAAAGGAUUCGCCAUCGGCAGUGCCGCACUAGUCUCCUUAGCGCUUUUUGGUGCAUUUAAAGUCCGAGCUGGAAUUCAGACUGUGGACGUCAGUGACCCACUAGUGUGGUCAGGUCUACUUGUUGGUGCCAUGUUGCCCUACGCUUUUUCCGCUUUCACGAUGAAGUCCGUCGGAAUUGCGGCGAAUGAUAUGGUACUUCUUGAAGUGAGGCAGCCAUCGUGAAAACUUCUUCUAUAGACCAGAAACUAACAUAGCAAACUAGCAAACGAUAUGGUAGUUUUGUAGAAGAAGAUCUUUUGAUGAGCCUCUGUACAACAUUGUCGUUGAAGAUUUGUUCUCUCUUACCUCCACAAAUACCUACAACUACUACAGGUACGAGAAUGCAACAGACAAUUUCCGUUAAUCAUCGAUGAAGGCAGGGAGCCGGAUUACGACACUUGCAUCAAAAUCUCGACCGAAGCCUCUUUGAGAGAGAUGAUACUUCCCUUAUGGCAAUCUUGUUCAACUAUUAAAUAGGUAGAAUGUCUUCUACAUAUUCUGAGGUCUAUGAUACUUCCAUUGUGGCACUUCUUUGUUAAGGUUUUCUAAGUAUGUAUUCUUAGUUUCAACCCGACGCAUUUUUGAGAUUGAGCUUGAAGCAAGUACCAAGAAUUACAAAGUUUCAGACUUCUAAGUACUACUACGAAGUCUUCGACUCUAACUAGAUUAGUGUCGGUUAUGAGCUUCUGUCCUGAGCAUUCUUAGUCAACAGUAGCAGCAAUCUUUCUCUCGUUUCAGAAGUCUCUUCCUCUCUUUUCUAAUCCUGGGUGCUUUGGUCAUCUUAUCGCCUAUUGUCUGUGGACUUUUCUUUGGUAAGAACUGUGUCGCUGGCCUGCUCUGCGGUAUCUUGGUGUCUGGCGUGCAACUUGCAAUCAGUAUGAGCAACACGGGAGGCGCAUGGGACAACGCUAAGAAAUACAUUGAAAAAGGAGGACUCGGACCGGAGAGCUGUAUAUUUUUUUUCUUCUCUCAAUCUUCGUCGGUUUUCAUCUUUAUCUAUCUUUUUUUAGGUACUCAUCUCCUUGUCGGUUUUCAUCUUUAUCUAUCUUCUACGCACUAUCCUUCCUUUUUCUUUUCCUAGUUAGCUUGGCUCCACCCAUAUACUUUAUCCGUUGUUUUAUAUUGUUUGUCCGUCUCACCUAGUUGUACAUAAAUAUCUUUGUUCUUUGAUUUGUCAAGACCUGGUCGUGCUGCUCUUCUUGUACUAAAAAACUCUUAUUAUUGUAGUUUCAGUGUUCACCACCGUUGUAACAAAUAUACAUAGUUUGAUCAUGGUCAUACAUAUUACAUCAUUCAAGGAAGUGCAACAUUGAUCAGGUUGCUAGUUGCUUCUCUAUCUUCAUUCACAUGCCCCUUAUAUUGAUUCUUCAUCUUCUUGUUCUUGUUGAAUAUUUUCGUGAACCAUCCAACAACCCAAACCACAGCCAAAGGCAGCAACGCGCACAAGAACGCAGUCACCGGAGACACUGUGGGGGAUCCGCUUAAGGACACUAGUGGCCCAGCUUUGAACAUCUUGGUCAAGCUCACUGCGAUUAUUAAGGCUUCUUGAAUUGAAUAGUUUUUUGUAUAAUGUUGACAUUAAGAAUCAAAAACUCAAGCACUACAUCAAACUAAUAGGGACUACCGACGGUGUACAACAACUACGCAUAAGUAUUUAUCUGUAUCAUGAUUUCUUUCACUUUCUGAUUAGGAACAGUGCUCAUCUUCUGCUGGAACCAUGGUUUCUGCACGACGUCUUUCCCAUGUCCCUGACCCUCAUCUCUGGAACCCGGCUCAUCUUCUACGACUAUGUAAAAAUACAGGAGACUUCUCUAAGAUCAUCUCCCUCGUCUUCGCCGAAGUCUUUAUCCAGACUGGCUGGCUCGCACCUGCACAGACGGCAGCAGCGGCACCACCGAAAAUUGCGACUGCUGUAAACUGAAGAAUUAUCCUUCUUCUUUAAUGGAACUAAAGGCAACUUUUUUUUCGAAAAACAGACUGAAAGAGGUGGUGUACCUGCAGAGAGAAAGAAAUUAAUUAAGUGGGAAAAUUUUUCAAGUUAUUUGUCGUGGUUCGCAUUUCGUAGAGCUUCAUUCUAGACGAAAAACAAGGACUUCUCCUGCUACCGCUUCUCUAUUGAUUGGACCAGUGUGACUGGACCAGUGGUCGCCUUUCUUCAUGAGGCAGUGUGCUGCAGGCAUCCGCCUCUGUACAGAAUGAACUUCCGACAUUUCCUUAUUUCCACCUUGUAGAUAUCUUCGAGAUUCGAGCGUUUUACCUACAAACUGUGAACUUUUUUCAACUGUCUCAUUGCCUGAACUUGCUGCACUUCCGCUUGCUAUUUGGAAUGAUAGAAAGAUUGAACUAAAACUAAUUCGUUGAUCAGAUAUACACGGCUACAGGGCUGCUGUAAGUAUAUUUAGUAGCAUUUUGUGUGGGUCGUAGAGGUACAUCACUGGUGUAGGGUAAGAAUCGAUUGAGGAUUAUAGGGGAACGGGACGGUUGUAGAGGACUCGUGUGUCCCUCACGACCACGGCAGUCCACGAACAAGCAGAAGAGGACCUGAGGGGCGGUUGUCGCAAGACGGUCUCCAAUGGAGGUAAUCAUAACUUUUCUUGCAGGUGGUGCUCUGAUCCGCACCGCACUGGUUUGAGGGGGCUAUCUAGAACAAUCCUGAGCAUUCAAUUUCGACGUCCUCCUCAAUUUGUUCCCCUGUAGUGCCAAUAUCCGUAAUAAAUUACCUCCAACUUCUAGUACAACUGCUGGAACUUCUACGACCUGAUAGAUCAUACACACGAGCUGAACUUGGCACUUCUACUUCUUAAAUUAACCUUCACUAGCAGGAUUAGCUCUGAAAUCAACUACCACAUGUUGCAUCGGAUGAAGAACUUACGGAUAAUUAAAGACUUUUUCUUCUAACACUAACUAAUGUUCGAAGAUUGGUAACUACUAUUCUGCUUUCUGGUGCAGUGCAGAAGUCAGUCUAUUCCCCUCAAUAAGAAUUUACUCUGUAUUAAUUAUCUAGAAAUUCAUCAUCUUCAUCACAACAGCACAAUUGCUAGCAGGAUCUCCACGAACUAAGACAGCACGACAAGGUCCUGCUAACGAGGACUGAGUUUCAUCAAUUGCUUGUAAGCUUAAGUACUAGUACUACAACUGGAAGAUUUAGAUGUAGAUGAUAUGCUAGCUAGAAGAAUGAGAUAGAUCGACCAAUCAAGAAGUAGAUGAAUGUUUGUUUUCACUCAGAAAUUAUACCAUUACAACCAGCUUCUACACGCUACAAACAAGCUAGUACACGUUAGAUCCAGUUCAUCUAGACCAAGUAGCACAAACAAAAAUUGUAGCUACAGAUAUCGAAGAUGCAGAACGACGAACAGACACAGAGAAUGAACUGAUGAAUAGUAGACUGACCUUACAACACUUAAGAUGAGCUUUCAAGAACAAUAGAAGUCGAAUAAAUAUAGCAAGCGAGGAACAAGUCAUUGUAGUUGUCGUUGUUGCACUGCCACUUUUUUCCCCAGUAGAUCUAUCCAGAAGGUCUCAAUGCAGACGGCCCGUGAAGCUUCGUGUUUGUUAUCGUGUUUCGCCGAGCUGGCGCACUCCACCUGCCGCCGGUUUGCGAACCGGAUAAAGCUGAGGCCGCUCCUUCAGUAGCCCCGGGAUCCAAAAAAAAAGUCGUAGCUGGAGUGAGACCCCUUGAAAUCUGAAAUCUGAGGAGGCGGAUACAAACUACGGCCUUUCUAGUGCAGCUAUGUUGAUCAGUCAGUGUUGAACUUAGCUCGUAGUAGUGCUACUAUAAUAGACAAGAGCUCCUUCAGUGAAAUGCUGUCCAG